AUGUUUGCUCCUCCUGGGAGGAUGCUGUUCUCCAACACACGUCCUUCACUCCCUCACCUCUUGUCGCUGAGGCUUCUGGGUACUGCGGCCUCCAGGUCGACAGCGGUGAAGCAGAAUGAGCUUCUUUCCAGGGCGCUGACCUUUGAGGAUCCCAGCGCCUUCCGGGCAAAGAGUUGGGCUGAACUGAUUCGUGCUCUUGGAGUCUUCCGUCUUUGCUCCUUCCCUGUUCUGGUGAACAACUGUGGAAAGCUGAUGUCAGUAGCACGAACACUCCUAGGUAAGAGGGGCUUUUCUUUGUUACUGAGGCCCACAGUUUAUGCCCAGUUUGUUGCUGGAGAAAAUGAGAUGGAAAUCUCCCAGUCCAUGAAGAAGAUGAGCUUGCUUGGAUUGAGGCCGAUGCUGGCUGUGCCCAUUGAGGAGGACGUUGGGGAGAGCAUCAGAGAAAAACGAUACGACGACAACACGGAGGCCAUGUUGGAGUGUGUGAGGUUAUCCCACUGCAACACCUGGAGCAGAGACCCGAUGAUGCAGCUGAAGAUCACGGCCCUGCUCAGCCCAGAGCUGUGUGUGAAACUCACAACUCUCAUUGCACAACAACCAUAUGAUCUGAGUCUCCUUGUCAAGGCAAUGGACGGAGAAAUGAUAACGUUCCCUGGUUUAGAGGAGAAGGAGAACAUCCAUUUCUUGUGUGGUUUGAAGAGACUCAACAAAAUAGCAGAGGCAAGUGUGAACAAAGUUAGAGUCUUGGUGGAUGCAGAGUACACCUACAUGAACGCAGCACUCUCUCUUGUUACCAUGGCGAUGAUGAAGAAGUUCAACAAAGAUGGUGCCUGGAUCUGGAACACAUAUCAGUGUUAUCUAAAGGAGUCCAGGUCUCUCCUGUUAGAGGCUCUGCAUCUGUCUGCGAGGGAGGGUUUCUGUUUGGGAGUUAAACUGGUCCGAGGAGCCUACAUGGACAAAGAGAGAAAGAUGGCAGAGAAGGAAGGCCGUGCGGAUCCCAUCCAUAAGAGCUGGGAGGACACAAAUUACAGCUAUAACGGCGCCCUGGAUGUGAUGCUGGACGUCAUAUCACAAAAACCCGAGCGCUACCGGAUCAUAGUGGCCACUCAUAACGAGGAGUCAGUUCGAAGAGCCGCCAAACGGAUGGAGGAGCUGGGCAUAGAAAAGAAUGGCGGAUCGGUGUGUUUUGGUCAGCUGUUGGGCAUGUGUGAUCACGUCUCUCUCACACUAGCGAAAGAAAGCUAUAUAGUUUAUAAAUCUGUACCGUACGGCUCAGUGGAUGACACGGUCCCCUACUUGGUGCGUCGGGCGCAGGAGAACCGCACAGUGCUGCAGGGCAUUCGCAAAGAGAGGGAUCUGCUGAGGAAGGAGCUGAAACACAGACUGAAGCUGAAACUGAGAGGAGGAAGCUGA